AUGGAGCCCGUUUCUGACCAGUUCAUGCAAUUCCACCCCAUCCAUGGUACCAAUGUUCGACUGGACCACUCGGGAACCCAGGCCACAAGAGUAGAGAGCUUUGCCAAUGGAGUUUGUUUUAGCAAAUGCCCCCUGAAGCCUGGAGAGAUUUUUCUAAUAGAGAUUGAAGAUAAGGAGCUGGGAUGGUGUGGCCACCUCCGUAUCGGUCUGACCGCCAGGGACCCCAGGAGCUUAGAAGUGGUACCUGAAUACUCCAUUCCAAUCUUGACAGAUUUAGGGGACAGCUGGAUAUUUGCUAUCACGCGCAACCAUAACAAGAUCGUCGAGGAGGCUGAGGUCAUAGAGCCCAGGCAGGGAGAACUGGUUGGGGGACGGAGACUUGGGCGAGGGGAGGAAGAAGACGGGGCUGGAGAUCAGGCAGACGAACGAGCGGCCAGGAACACAAAACCAAAGACUUUCUUCACCGACACCCACUUGUACAUUGAGAAUGUUCGAAUUCCCAGAGAUAAGCUGGUUGGUCGGAGCCGGCCCGGGCGCUACAGUCACAUUUUAGACGACUUGUAUAAAACCAAUGCCCUGCCUCCCACAGCCAGACGCAGCAGGAUAGGAGUACUGUAUGUGCCUAGAGGAGAAGGCCUGGCUGACAUGCACAUAGUGAUCAAUGGAGAGGACAUGGGAGCUUCUGCAAAGGGAAUCUCUACUGCCGGGCCUCUCUAUGCUGUGGUGGAUGUAUUUGCUGCUACCAAGUGUGUUCGGAUUGUCCAGGUGGAGUAUGGAUUCUCAUCCUUGCAGACACUGUGUAGGAAGGCCAUCCAGAAGCACAUUGUUCACAGGAUGGCCAUUGACUGGCUCGAGCUGCCAGACGCACUCAAACACUACUGCAAGUAUGAAUGA